UGCACAUGGCAACACUACUUCAAGCUGUCAAAUUGGCGGCUCCUUGCAUCGGCGAUUAGUGGCUAUAUUUUUGUGAUUAAGUUUAUUAUUAUGGAAUUGUGUGUCUUAAUUGCUGGUUUAUAAUAAGAUAAUACUAUUAUAAAAUCAUGGCGAACCAUUAUGAGGUCCCCAGCUGGGCUGGCAAACCACCCACUGGCCUGCAUUUGGACGUGUUGAAAGGCGACAAACUAAUACAGAAACUAAUGUUAGAUGAGAAGAAAUGUUACUUAUUUGGCCGGAACCCGCAGAUGAAUGAUUUCUGUAUUGACCACGCCAGUUGCUCCAGAGUGCAUGCGGCAUUUGUAUAUCACAAAGACUUAAAUAGAGCUUUUUUAGUUGAUUUGGGAAGUACUCAUGGUACUUAUAUUGGUAAGAUGCGUUUGGAGGCCCACAAGCCUACACAGCUGCCCAUAGACUCUAAUUUCCAUUUCGGGGCUUCCACAAGAAACUAUAUUAUAAGAGAGCGGCCGAUGGGCAACGCGCGCGGCAUCAUGGAGGAGCUGCCCAACACCGAGACGGAGGGCGCGCUGCUCGGCUUGCCCGAGACGCAGACCGAACUAGAUAAUUUAACGGAAUUCAACACGGCUCACAACCGGCGGAUCUCCAUGCUGGGUAUCUCCACGGACGACGGCAGCGACGUCAUGAAGCCACCAACGGGCACCAAACGCUCGGCAUCGACGCCAGCCGGCGGCGUGCUAAAAAAACAGCGCCGAAACGUCUCCUUCAACGAGGAGGUGGACAUCAUCAACCCCGAGGACAUCGACCCCACGAUCGGCCGCUUCAGGAAUCUGGUCAAGAGCACCAUAGUGCCGAAUGCGAAUAAUCCGCCGAGGAAGCUGAAGCUACAGAGCGCUGAUGAGAGCCAGCAGCAGCAGCACCCCUCGCUGCGGCUGCAGGAGCUGUCCCGCGGCGCGGCGCUGUACUCCGACCUGCCGGCGCCCAGCUCGCACCUCAGCCUCAUCGGCGCCCGAUUGGGGCUGUCGCUGCCCAACCCGGCGCCCGACGUGGAGCUGGAGGGGCCCGAGCCCGCGCUGCCCGCGCACGCGCCGCAGCAACACGCAGCCGCAGAAGAAUCUGGCCCGUCCAACGAGCCGAAACGGAAGAAGUACGCCAAGGAAGCCUGGCCCGGCCGCAAGCCCGGCCUGCUGCCCGCCGUGUGAGACUGAGCCGUGCGAGCUGUGCGAGGCGUGCGGACCGUGCGAAGUGUGCAAGGCGUGCGGGCCGUGCGAGGCGUGCGGGCCGUGCGAGGUGUGCGAGGCGUGCGGACCGUGCGAGGUGUGCGGGCCGUGCGAGGCGUGUGAGAAGAUAAUACGCGAGCCAGUGCGUGCAGGACGGGAGCAACGCUCAAAUAUAUUUAUUAGUAAAAACGACACAUUUUGGAUUGCCAUCUGCAGAAAAUUAGAGAUGACAAUAAGUUAUAAACACUUUCUGGCACUAUUUGAGAUAAUCGAAAGUAACCGGUGAUAUGCGCUAGCAACUGAUAUGUUUUAAGUCGGUGCCAAGCCAAAUAGUAAUACCCCCAAGCAAACUAAUGGACAACUUUUUUAUUUCCUUCCGAAUCGCACCAGGGUUGGUAUUCGGUUCGACAGUGUGUCGACGCUUUUAAUUUUUUUUUGGCACCGACUUCAAACAUAUCAGUUGCUCACGCAUAUAAAAGGAAUAAUAUCUAAUUUAGACCUUUUUAAAGCCGCUUUUUUUUUCAAUUAUGUUUUUCCUAUGUGGCAUAGUCUAAAUACACGAGGCGACUUUGCCGAACUUCACUCGACAUGUCUGGCAACAUCGCGCGACACGUGUCGUUAGUGUGUCAGGCGAAGAUUCGCGAACUUUUACGACUUCUGACAUGUCGCCGACACGUGUCGCGGGACAUUUGUCUCCUAGUGUAUCCCUGGCUUAAUACUUAUUCACAAUAAUCAGUUAAGUGGUAACGAUCACGUAAUUUUCCCGAAACUUAAUAUUUUUUCUGUUCUCCGGCCGAAAAGCAUGUACUUUCGGCCCGCUGCGCUAAACAAAGUAGCCGCUUUCUGGCUCCGACGAACAGAAAAAUAGGAUACACACCUCGGCCAGUAAAUAAGGCCUCGCCUUCGCCUCGGCCGAUAAUUACAUGUGAUGUGAGACAUUUCUGAAUUCUUAAUAUACUAUUCCUUUCGAUUGCUCUCGAACAUCCCAGAACAGUAAUGAAUAAAAGCUGGUGAAAUAGCUUUUUUUAAUUGCUAUGUGAAGCAACCGUUCCACCAGAACCACGUUCGACGUGUUGCCUCUCUGUCGCAAUCGUAAAUUCGUACGUAAGUGUGACAGGGAGGCAACAUGUCGAAAGUGGUUCGCAGUAGGCCGUCAGGUAUAUUAGAAUGUUGCGCCCGCACCUACAUUUUCAACACAAUACGGAUAAGAGGACAUUCGCAGAUGGUUUUUGUAGCUAAUAAGCUAAACUAUGUAAUUUUAUAAAUAUUACUGUAAGUUGG